CAUCGGCAAGAUGGCGGACGUAGCGGGAACGUCGUGCGCGUAACAGUUCCGUAAACGAUUCCUCGAUUUCUGGAUCUCUCGGUGUCGUUCGAAAACGAGAUCGCAUCGGAAAGGUGGUGUUCGACGCGCGGGAACCGAUAACGCUCGCGGCAUUGCGUACGCGUAAGAUAAUUCGAGCAUAAACGUAUCGAUGUCGACGGUGCGUUCGUGCGUUACCUUGUUCAACGAGGAGUGGGGAAACGGACGCUGUGGUAGGGAAUGGCAGUAGCGAGAACGGCGAGUCGAGUCGAGUGGUCGAGUGGUCGAGUGGCGUGCCGCUGUAAGUUAGCGGCUGUUCGCGAGCCCGUGCGGAGGUUAGUUUGGUUCGUCGAUCGAAUUUUUGCUCGGUCCGUGUUCUCCCGACGAACCGGUGAGAGAAAACGAAUGGAACGCGGCGGGCUCGAAUGACGCGCAGAGUGCAGGCCGCGUGUUCGCGAUUCAAAAGUCGGGGACGGGGACGUGUUUCGUGAAAACGAGAACGAGCGCCAGGCGGUUAUACGACGCGACGGCGUGCUGGUGUCGUUGACGUUUCGUACGUUUCGCGUGUCAGUGUCCUGUCCUCUCCGUCCGUACACGGUAGCUCCCUCUUUCAUUCCCUCUUUCUCUCUCGCCCUGUCCCUCUCCUUCCAUCCAUCGUCCUUCCCAGCUUCUCCGUCCUUGUUCGUUCCCGUUCAACGUUCGUUGUCCGCGUCGGAGUCGCGAUCGGGAUCGGAAUCGAGAUCCGUACCAGCCGCGUCGUCGCUGCGAUGCCAGAUGACAGGUGCGAAGCGGUGCCACAGGUGUCUGUUAACGAGUCCUUCGAGUGCCCUGCGGAUUUAGGAUACGCCGCAGAAUGAUGAGCCCAAGGUUCCAUUACCGGAAGGGCGGCAAAGAGGACCGAGGACGACGACCACCACGACGACGAUCUCGAAUUCCCUCGCGCUAGCGGUGGGCUAUGAGCGCUGACAAUGGGGACGACUCCUUGGCAGAAUCGAAGCGACGGAAGAAGGGCGAGUUCCGCGGACAUUCGGACGUGGAUGCUGUGGCCCGUGUUGGGGGAUGACGGGCUGAGCCCAGCGUCGCCCCCGGCGGCGGCCACCGUCAAGGGGGUUAACAAACUGGCGCCACUGCUUCUCUGCGGCCCCUGCAAGCCCACCAGCCACCGGAAGAACCAGAAUUCCACGCAGUGGUACGUGCAGCAGCCCACGUGGCGCUUAUGGGGCGAAGAAAGGGGCGACGGCGUCAUAUACACGGUGUACCUGAAGAAAGUCCGAUAUCACAGGCCGACCAGAAGUCUCUCCGCAUCGGAUUCGGACGACGAAAUCUCGCACCUGGAAUGGGAGACGGUGAGGGUUCGUUUCCUGAAAGCCGGCACCGUGCAGCGUCUGGUCGAGAGUCUGGCGAACGACGACGGGGAACUCGAGUCGACGUACAUCAAUGUUUUCUUGGCGACGUAUCGCGCGUUCACAACGCCCCGAGAGGUUCUCGAGCUAUUGUUGGCGAGGUACGACGCCCUCGACGAGGGAUCCGGCGCCCUGACGGGCGAACAGCACCGCAAGACCCUCGUGCAGGCGCUUCACGUCUGGUUGGACGCGUAUCCCGGUGAUUGGAAAUCGCCGCCGAAUCAUCCCCUGCUGACCAGGCUUUUGGAAUUUACGCACCAACGGCUUCCUGGCUCGGAGCUCGAGCUCAAGGCAAGGCAUCGGCUGCACAGAUUCCAGCGCGAGGAUCAAAUAGAUUCCUGCAUGGUGUACGACAACGGUCGGCUUCCGCGAGGGUCUCCGGAGCCGAUCGUGGACCACUGGCGGAGCUACAGCUUUCCCGAAGUGCCGCAUCGGCAUUUCGCCGAGCAGCUGACCCGCAUGGACGCGGAGGUGUUCAAGAAGCUGGUGGCCCACCAGUGUCUCGGCGCCGUCUGGUCGAGGAGGGACCGUUCGAGGAGCCACGACGCCGCCACCGUGCUGGCGACCGUGAACCAGUUCAACGCCGUCUCGCUUCGGGUGAUCUCGACGAUUCUGACGGAGCCGGGCGUCAAGUCCCAGGAUCGCGCCAGAAUCCUGGAGACGUGGAUCGACGUUGCCCAAGAGCUGCGCGUGCUCAAGAAUUUCAGCAGCCUGAAGGCCAUAGUGUCCGGGCUGCAGAGCAACCCCGUCUACAGGCUGGAGAAGUGCUGGCAGUGCAUGCCCAGGGAGAAGCACGAGCUGUUCAGGGAGCUGGAGAGGAUAUUCUCGGAGGAGAACAACGCGUGGACGCAGAGGGAGUUGCUGAUCAAAGAGGGCACUGCCAAGUUCGCCGACACCGCCGGCAGGAGCGACAGACACCUGCAGAAGCUGUUCCAGAAGCAGAACACCCACGCCGGCAACAUCAGCUACGGCACGAUACCGUAUCUGGGCACCUUCCUGACGGAUCUCACGAUGAUCGACACCGCGAUAUCGGACACGAUAGCCGAGGGUCUGAUCAACUUCGACAAGAGGCGGAAGGAGUUCGAGGUGUUGGCCAGGAUAAGAUUGCUCCAGGGUGCGGCGAACGCGUACAACUUCAGCACGGAUCCGCUGUUCGAUCGUUGGUUCCAUUCGGUGGUGGUGCUGGACGAUCGGGAGGCGUACAAGCUCAGCUGCCAGAUAGAACCGCCACCUCCGGGCAACACCCUGACCAACCGUGGCAAGAAGAAGCAGGUCGGUCGCAUCGGCGCGCUUUCCCGCGAAUCGUUCUCUAACGCGACCGUCCGGUGUGCUUUACAGGCCCACCAGGGACACCGUAAAAACGACUCGAUCGCCUCCACGUCGAGCUCCAGCAGCUCUCAGUUCUACUGCGACCUGGAUUCUCUGCCGAGCUCGCCGCACAACUCUCUCGACCGACGCACGUCGCCGUCCCAGAUGUCCAGCUCCUCUUCCAGUUCGUCGCUGCCCUCGCUGGACGUGUCCCUGAGCUCGGGCGGCGGCAACGGGGCCGCUGCCGCCGCCACCGCCGCCGCCGCCGGCCCUCAGCAGAAUCGGCUGGCACCGGUGAUCGCGGCGAACGGGAACGCGCCGAGCCUGGUCGGGCUGUCCAGCCCGAGCCACUCGCACAAGAGCUCGCCGGACUUUUACAUCAUCAAGGUGACCAUGGAGACCGACAACGUCGAGACCGACGGGGUGGUGCUGUACAAAUCCAUCAUGCUGUCGAACAACGAGAGGACGCCGCAGGUGAUCCGAAACGCGAUGCUCAAGCUGGGGAUCGAGGGCAGCCCGGACCGGUACACCCUCGCCCAGGUGCUGCCCGACAGGGAGAUGGUCUUGCCGAACUCGGCGAACGUUUACUACGCCGUCAACACCGCGCACAACCUCAACUUCAUUCUACGGCCUAGAAGAGAGCCCAACGACGUUGCCACGGACAGCCCCAAGAGCAAGAGCAGCCACUGCCACAAGCGGUAGUGCCGCGUCCGCCUAGCGGAGGCCCGGAGAACGGGCCCAACCUAC